AUGGCAAUACGUGACGUAUAUUCUCUUCCAACUCUUUUCUCACUAUUUUUGUCUCUUUUUUUUCACUGUCUCUCCUUCUUUCACUCACUUUACAAGCACUAUUCAUUUAUCGUUCUCUAUCAUUUUUUUUGUUUCUUGUUCUCUUCCCCCCCCUCUCUCUCUCUCUCUCUCUCUGGCGUCUAUUUUUUAACCUAUUUCUCUCUUUUCUGCUGGCUAAACUAUUUCUAUUUCUCUCGCUGUCUGCCAGUCUUGCUUUCAUUAUUCUCUCUUCCUGUGAAUCCUUCCUAUCUAUCUAUCUAUCUAUCUAUCUAUCUAUCUAUCUAUCUAUUUAUCUAUCUAUCUAUCUACGCCUAUUCAUAUCUAUCUAUCUACCAAUCUAUCUAUCUAUAUAUCUAUCUAUCGAUCGAUCUAUCUUCACUAUCUCUUAAUAUAUUUAAUGAUAUUUGUCCUUUCAGUCAUACCGUUGCUUUCUCUGCCUUCUUGUCCUUCUCUAUUUCUUCCAAUUCUUUCUUUUUCUCUGAUUUACUCUCAUUCUUGAAAUUAAUACAUUCCUAUUUCUCUUUACUAUUCUUUUUCAUUUUAUUUCUUUCAUUGAUCCAUGAUUCAUUCAUCAUUUCCUUCAAUUUAUUCAUUCAUGUUUUCUUUCAUUCGGACGUUCUUUUCUUUUCAUUCUUUCUUUUUCAUUCAUUCUUUUCUUCGUCCAAAUUUUCAUUCAGUCAUUCAUCAAAUACUUUGUUUUGUUUUUUCUUAUUUUUAUUUCUUCCUGCCUUUUGUCUUUUUUCUUUCUGUAAAUACGUUUUUUUUUUCUUUUUCGUUUAUCUUCCUUUGUUUUUUGGGGGUUUUUUUCUUACUGCAAUUCUUCCUUUCUUUUUUCUUCCCUUUAUUCUUUCUUUUAUUUUUCUAUUUUUUUCUGUUUUUCUUUCUUUCUUUCUUCCUUUCUUUCUCCCAUUCUUUCUUUUUUGUCUAGCAAAUAUUUCUUUUUCCCUCUUUUUACUCCUUUCUCAAUUCUCCUACCUUUCUUUCUUUCUUUCUUUCUUUCUUUCUUUAUUGUCUGUCUGCCUCACUGUCUUUUUUUCUUUUAUUCUUUUUUAUUCUUCUUUCACUUCCCUUAUCUCUCUUGCUUUCUUUCUUUCUAUUUUCUUUUUUUUUAAUUCUUUUUGCAAUUUAUUCUAUUUUACUUUCUUUGUUCUUUCUUUUUCUCAUAUUGCAAUUUUCUUGUAUCCCUUUCCUUCUUCUUUCUUUAAUUCUUCUUACACCUUUUCUUUCUAUUUUCUUUCUUUCUUUCUUUUUUUUCCUUUUUUCUGUGAUUAUUCUUCUUAUAAAAUAACCCUUCUUUUUCUAGACUCUUCUGGUGUUUUUGUUUUUUCAGUCUUGCUGUAUUCCCCUUCAUCCACCGCCAUUUCUUCUUUAUUAACUUCUCGACUUCAACAAUCCUUCCCUUUCUGUUGCCUCACGACCUCUCUCUUCCAUUCCGUCGACAUGUUUGUUUCCUCUUCUUGUUCUGGAAAGAUUAAUGCAGUUAUGAUGUAA